AGCAGCUUUGUCUCCCAGGCUCCUCUCUGCAUCCUCCCCACUUUCCCAACAAUAUGCAUCUUGCCAGUUUGCUCAGCUCCUGCUCCCUCCUGCUGCUACUGGGGGCCCUGCCUGGAUGGGCGGCCAGUGAUGACCCCAUUGACAAGGUCAUUGAUGGCAUCAACCGAGGGCUGAGCAAUGCAGAGAGAGAGGUGGGCAAGGCCCUGGAAGGCAUCAAUAACGGAAUCACACAAGCUGGAAGGGAAGUGGAGAGAGUUUUUAAUGGAGUCAACAGUGCGGGGACCCAGGCCGGCAAGGAGGUGGACAAGGGCAUCCAGGGGCUCAACCACGGCUUGGACAAGGUAGCCCAUGGCAUCAACAAUGGCGUCGGACAAGCAGGAAAGGAAGCAGAGAAGCUUGCCCACGGGGUCAACAACGCUGCCGGACAGGUUGGGAAGGAGGCAGACAAAGCGAUUCAGGGGGUCAAUCCGGCGGGAAGUGAGGUAGGGAGAUUUGGCCAGGGGGUCCACCAUGCUGCUGGGCAGGCUGGGAAAGAGGGAGAAAAAAUAGUCCAGGCGGUCCCUGAUGGAGUUAAUCAGGCUGGGAAGGAGGUGGAAAAGUUUGGCCAGGAUGUUCAUUAUGCCGCAGGGCAGGCUGGGAAAGAGGGGGACAAAAUAGUGGAAGGGAUCCGUCAUGGAGUUAAUCAGGCUGGAAAGGAGGUGGAAAAGUUUGGUCAGGGGGUCCACCAUGGGGUCAAUGAGGCCUGGAAGGAGGCAGAGAAGUUUGGUCAGGGGGUCCACCACGCUGCAGGGGAGGCUGGGAAAGAGGGAGAAAAAACAGUCCAGGAGGUCGCUGAUGGAGUUAAUCAGGCUGGGAAGGAGGUGGAAGAGUUUGGCCAGGGCGCCCACCAUGCUGUUGAACAGGCCGGAGAGGAGGCGGGCAAAGUGGCCCAAGGGGUCCACAAUGGGGUCAACCAGGCCGGAAAGCAGGCAGAGAAGUUUGGCCACGGGGUCAACCACGCUGCUGGCCAGGCUGGAAAGGAAGCGGAGAAAUUUGGCCAAGGGGUCCACCAUGCUGCUGGCCAGGCCGGAAAGGAGAAGGACGGGUUGCAGCAAGAUGUUCAUAAUGGGGUCAACCAAGCUGGCAAGGAGGCCGACCAGCCGCUGAAUGACGGUCCUCAAGGCGGACCCACCAGCCAGCCAGAAGGGGCCACAACCACAACCUUAACAUCUGGAGCUUCGGUCAACAAACCCUUCAUCGACCUUUCAGUUCUGUGGAAGAGCGUCACCAACAUCAUCCCCUAAACUGAUGAACUGGCCUUCUUGAACAGACUGACAUUCUUGUUGUCGUAUCAGCUGAAAUGACCUGAAGGAACGCGGGGUGGGGAAGUGGGAGGAUAGAUUUCUAGAGUCCCUUAAGGGGGCUAGGAUUUGUGAAUAAAUACAUCACACUGUA